UAUUACCAGGAAGUUAGUGCGUUUUUGGAGAUGCGGUUGGAAACGGUUGUAAAAUUGAAAACUUGUCGAAUAUUCUUUUUCUUUCUAGGAGUUUUACAACACGCUUUUUAUGAAAACACCCAUCUGCUAAGUUACACUUAGUUCUCAAGAUCUACUAAUCUAAAUAGAAAAGCAUUCCUUCUUGGGACAUGAAGAGGUUUCAUAUCAAUUUGGAUGAUUCUGCCUUUACAAAAGAGAGAGCACCACCAAAGCAGCUCUUUCAGCCAUCAACAGCUGGGGGACAAAGCAACACCAAAGCAAGUGAAUCUCCAGCAAAGGAGGACCAGCCUUUGUCAUAUGCGCAAUACAUUAUAGCGACUAAAGCUCAAAGUUCUCUUCAACGAGAUGGCACCUCUGAAAUGCUCCUCUCCGAAAAUUGUGGUGCGCCCAUCAUUGCCAGUGUGAAGCAAAGCGAGCCUGUAGAAGGAACGAGUAAAAGUGACGAGUUGACUGAAACAGAGGAGACUCGGGGGUCCGAUAUGGGUCAGAAAGAUUUAAACUGUCCAAGCCUUGGUCCGAAACCGGCAGGGUCUGGGAGCAGCAUUGUUGUCAGUCCAAGACAGAGGGGAAAUCCUAUCCUAAAGUUUGUGAGGAGCGUCCCAUGGGAGUUUGGAGAAGUUGUGCCUGACUAUGUCCUGGGCAAAACAACUUGUGCGCUCUUUCUCAGUCUGAGGUACCACAACCUGAAUCCAAACUAUAUUCAUGAUCGGCUACAGCAGCUUGGACAUAGCUUCACCCUUCGAGUUUUACUAGUUCAAGUGGAUGUGAAAGACCCCCAUCAUGCCUUGAAGGAGCUGGCUCGCAUCUGCAUCAUGGCUGACUGCACUCUUAUUUUGGCAUGGAGUCCAGAGGAGGCAGGACGUUACCUGGAAACAUACAAGUCAUACGAGAAGAAACCAGCAGAUCUUCUGAAGGAGCAAGUUGAAAAAAACUAUUUGUCAAAGGUGACAGACUGCCUGACCACUGUGAAGUCCAUAAACAAGACAGAUGCCAUGACAUUGCUGUCAACAUUUUCUUCUUUGGAAGGAAUCAUCAGCGCGUCUAAAGAAGACCUGGUUCUCUGUCCAGGUCUUGGUCCACAAAAGGCAAGACGUCUUUAUGAUGUGCUUCAUAAACCUUUCCUGAAAUCCAAGACAAAAUGUGACAGUUGAGGACCUUGGCGGGAUAAAUGUGGGAUGACGGGAUGGCUGAUUUUUUUAAAUACAAAUUUACAUUUUAAACUGUUGUCAACAUGUGGAUUAUUCAGUGGCACAAAGUUGUUUUUUUAAACAUUUUUUUCUUGUCUGUUAAUGUAUUUUCAGCAUUCUAAUAAAAAAAAAAAAAAGUCACU